AUCCACUGCAGCACUUAUACCGAUAUGGUGAGGAACGGUCGAGAUUCGCGACAGAUCGUUUUCACCUUUUUUCACCUCGAGGCAUGUUUUGGAUACUGUCCCUUGGCAACUAGUCGACAACAAAGUUGAGUUGCGGACCUUUCACUCUGCGAAAACGUAUUGCCCCGCGAUCGAAGAUUUUUCUACUUCUCUACAACACUCCUCUGCAAUCGCCCACAUUGUAGCCGCAAGGCGGUGUCAAUCGGCCAACAUGGAGUUAACGACGAAAGAGAAAUAUGACGCUUUCAUGGCGAAGUACAGCGCUAUGUCCGAGGAAGAAGCGGCCGCGUGCGUAGAGAAAGCGUGGCAGUAUCGUUCAGCUUUAUUGUCGGCCGAUCCACUAGGAGAUCCGCGAGCAUACGAGGAACAAGCGAACUACUUUUGCCCUCCGAAGAAACCCAAUUUGUUCGAAUCGACUCAUAAGGUAAUGGAGGGUCGACCGAUGCCCGCAGGAUUUUCAGUGGAAGGGCUCCCCGAAUCUAUCGACAACCUCGCAACUACACUCUUCAAGGAUUGGAGGCUGUUGAACGCCAUCGUUGGCGGGUACGAAGCUCAGAUCCGCAAACGGUGGAUGAAGAGAUCCAGAGGCCAGAGGAAAGAGUUGCUACGCGAGGCAUGGUCUGACAUCCCCUCCGGACACCGCCCCGACAUCCGCGACUAUCUCGAGACGACAUUUGCGAAACUAGCAAAGCGCCAGAAGGUGCCAGAAAGCUGGCAAAUACCCUUCAUCAAUCUGGAGGACCUGUCGGAAGCGAAACCGCUACUCAUCUUUCUCAACGCUCGAGCCCGCCAUCCUCCGGACAUGUUCGCGUAUUCUGACCUCGAAUGGGGACCUCUGUACAAGAUACCGCCAAAGAUGCUCAACCCAGCUAGGGAGAAACACACCAUGGCUUUUGUUGGGAGAAGGACUCCUCAAACAUAUGGCCAAUUGAUUGCCUGGGACGAUGUGUCGGGGGCUGCGGAGUCGAAACGCAAUGGUCUCACCGUUCACCCUGACCACGGGAUGCAGAUUCUACGCACUCAGCUGAAGAUUUGGCCGUUCCUGAUACGAUGCUGUCUCCAAAUCAUGCCGGACUUUCCGAAGAGUCCUGCACUAGGAACUCCUAUUGGCAUGCAGCCAGAACCCCCGCCGCUGUUUGAAGAACAUCCAACCUAUAGCUUGUUGAACAACAUAGCACGAGAUGCGCCAUAUUGUCUGCCGACAAGCUUGAACCUAGACAGACUUCGUGCCCUUGCAACUGCCCACAGGAAUCAGCUUUGCGAUCAGAUUUGGCAGUUGAGAGAAGAUCCUUCCUGUUUCGCGGAGACCGUUCGUGAUCUGCGGGAGCAUCGAGGAGAGCUUAUCCUGGACGGUUCGGGGAAACCGCAUCGGCACUCCACCGGUCCUGUGAUCUAUAGCAGGGUCUUGAGAAACAUGAUCACGGAUCUCUACGUCUCUUUCUGGAAUUGGGACAAGGUGCAGAGCCUGCUCUCCCAAUGGCACGAGCUUUCCAUCAAGCAUGCGAACGAGAUUCGUCACGAGAAAAAGCUACCCACGUCGAUCUGCGACAUGAUUUUGGAGACUCGUAUGUUACUAGAUAUGAUGAUGCUGGAUUUGAUCGACAUGUUCAAAAACGCCUGGGCCGCUUCGCCGCCAAUGCGGAAGUACUUCUUCAGGGACAACCCGCAAUCCUCAUCAAGGACCAUCGGCUACACCAGCAACGAUAAGUGGAAGGGAGACCGAGUCAAAGAGGAGGCAUGGCGGAUAGUAGAGCUCUUAUGCCGGAAAGAGAAAAGGGAACAAUUCACGUUCCACUGUGUUAUGGACGAGGUGGAAAGGGUCUUGCUCAAAGAUCAAGCUGUCAAGGCACUCUUCACACCAUACGUGCUCUCGCUGCUGUCCCAACUCUCGGUGAUCUCCGAGUGUCUGCACCACAUGCAGAUGUAUCAGCCAUGGGCUACGGCGAUCGAGCACGAUUUCCAGGAACAGAAGGCCAGGCACUUCCACAGAUACCACAAGAAGUUUGCGGUCUGGGGCUUUAUCUUGAAGACCAUGUUUCAUGGCACGGACUUGUGGUCGCUUGGGAACCCCUCAGACGGCAAGUUUGACCACCCAGUGCGUGAGCGCAAAACUCACCAGACUACGGAUAAGAUGAGAGCCGCGGAAGCUGCAUUAGACAAAUUUUGGGAAGCUGCCGAUGCGCAUUUCCGGGCCGUCGCUGGAAAGUGCCCGCAUGAUGUGGUCAAAGAUAUCGUCGGGAGGCACACAAUAGAGAGGACGGGACCUUACAGCCUGCAAAAGCCAACCAAGACGUCACAACCGAAGUCCAAGGCAAUUCUUCAGACUGCGCCCGUUGGCUCUGAUCUAGCAGACUGGGCGUCCCACGAUAUCACAAAGGAGAUAACUGGUCGCUUUGACAAACUUGCUGCGUCCGACAAGACCAAGUUAAAGACUCGUGGUACUGCGGCAUCGGUCAAGAAUGCAGUAAUCACGAAGGAUACGGUAGCCAAGGAGGAUGGUUUGCCAACACUGGAAGAGCAACCCACCCUCCCCGUCGACAAGCGCGCCCACAAGGUCUUCCGGGCACUCUUCCACUGCGCCAACUCCCCCGAUCAACCUGGAGAGGUCGCUUGGGCUGACUUCCUCCACGCCAUGGUUUCCGCCGGCUUUUCCGCAGAGAAGCUUCAGGGCUCCUCAUGGCACUUCACUCCGCGAAACUUAGAGGCCGAACGCUCGAUCCAAUUCCAUGAGCCGCAUCCCGGAAACAAGCUGCCGUUCACUUGGGCUCGCCGGUAUGGACGUAGGCUGACGAGGGCCUUCGGCUGGACUGCUAACACGUUUGGACUGGCUUGAGGGGUUCAAGGAACAGUGGCCUUAAGCGCGCCGAAACUGGGUAGGGUCGUCUUUCUUGGACACACGAAAGUGCAGACAUCUUUGUAUAA